CUCCCUCGAAGACACAAUCAACAGUCUCAUCGAGGCCAUGACGACGCUGGAGCCGAUCUUGGUGACCGUGACGGCGCAAGAACUCACGGAAUCGGACACGCUCGUCCCCGAGAAGAUGUACACAUCCAAAGUCGAGAUUGCUUUCGUCAUCAUGGAUUCCGAUAUGAUGAUUCCUAAAUUCGUCCAUGAGAUGUACGUGGGUGAGGUGCGUGAGAACAGCCCGCCUGAUACGGUUGUCUCCUUUCCCGUUCCUUUCCUCAAAAAGGGUGUACGUGGAAUGUUUGCCCUGGAACUGCAAGGCGACGAAGGGAUAUUUGCCGUUGAACCGAACGUCGUAAGGGACUCGUCAGCUUUCAUCAUCAAGGUCAAGAAUCCACAGCUGCUGGACUACGAGACCAUGACCAAGAUUGAGUUCAAGUUAAUAGCACAGCAGGUCUCAGGUAGUGCGCAGGGAACCGGUACCACGUCUGUGAGGAUCAACAUCUUAGACGUCAAUGAUAAUAUGCCUGUGUUCACGAGACAGCUCUACCAGGCGGAGAUCUUCGAGAACAUCACCGCUGGAACGUCUAUUGUUAAGGUCCAAGCCACAGACACCGACCGGGGAGACUUCGGCGCCAUCCGCUACACCUCUCUCACGGGGAAACUUGCAGACCGUUUGCAACUGGACCCUCUCAGCGGCCUCAUCACCUGUGCAACAAACAGCCAUGAGUUCGAUCGUGAGCUCAAUCCAGGUGGUACAUGA